CCUACCAGCAGGUUGCGGGCAGACCCUGUGAACAGAGCCGGGCUUUGCAUUGCAGCGCCGGUUCGCAAGUGGAAGCAGGCAGCUGUAUUAGCAGAGCCGAGCCAUGCUUCCGCUCGGGAUCAGCUGACGAGUGAGGAAGUAGCAGCUGCAGCUGCUGAGCCCUUAAUAGAGGCAGAGAGAGGAGCGCUGAGUGACUGACCCCCCCCCCCAAAAGCAGAGCCCCCCCCCCCGACUGAACCCAAACCAGCUAGCUACAUUUCCCCCCCUCCCAAGAGGGUUGCAGCUGAGGGGGCAUAGCCCAGGCCGUGUGUAGUGUGCAGAGAUGGCAGGGGUCGUGGGAAAUGGAGCUCAAGUGUCCUUCAUUAGUCAAGAUUGCAAAGAAAUUCCAGAAUUUCUAGGAAGAAAAUACGGAGGUAUUGCAAAAAGGCUAGACCUCAGUUUCAACUUGUUAAGGUCACUAGAAGGACUAAAAACAUUCAGUUGCCUGGAAGAGUUGAUCUUGGACAACAAUCUCCUCGGAAAUGACCUUCGGUUACCCAGGUUACCUCACCUCCAUACCUUAACGCUCAACAAGAACCAAAUAACAGAUUUAGAAAGCCUGCUGGAUCACUUGGCUGAUGUGGUGCCCUCCUUGGAAUACCUCAGUUUACUAGGAAACAUGGCUUGCCCAAAUGAACUGGUCAGCAAGGACAAGGAUGAGGAUGACUACCAGAGGUACAGGUAUUUUGUUCUGCACAAAUUGACCAACCUGAAAUUUCUUGAUACUCGGAAAGUAACCAAAUGGGAGCGUGAGGAAGCCUUGUUACGAGGUGCCUUCAUGAAAGUGGUAAAGCCCAUGGAUGCUAAGGCCUCCUCCAGUGAUGCUGCCUCAGUCUCCCCCGAGACACACUAUACGCCGCUGCCUUCAGGAUCCAGGGAUCUCACCAAUCACAGAGGUGUUCUGGGAAAAUGUCGCUACAUUUACUAUGGGAAACAUUCCGAAGGCAACAGAUUCAUUCGAGAUGACCAGCUAUAAAACAGCACCGUUCCAUGCCUCUUUACACAAUCCACAAAACAUGCACACAGAAAGCACAAAUUGCAUCUACGUUUUCUGCAUGUAACUAAAGUCCUCCAGUACCUUCUGCUGACUUUGCCAAGCCUGUCAAGAUCAUCUUUCUGUCUUAGUCUGAGUAGUCACAUAGAGAUUGACAUGAUUGCCUUUAAGCAGGUCCCAUCCACCAGUGUGACAGACAGCUGCAGCCAAGCACCAGGCCUGACAGGAUGAACACCAUGAUGGAUUGCCUGGUCCAAUUGCUGCACACAGAAGAGCAAAGGUCACACCUGGGGCUUCAGUGAGCAUGCUCAGUUGGUUUUAGCAAGAGCAAUGCUUUUAUCUAAAGUUUGCCUGUUGAGUGAGAGAGGCUUGCAGUAUCAAUAUGCUCAUAAAAUCAGUGGCUAUAACUGAAGAUUUAAAAAGCCUUUAUCUGUCCUUAUUCUCCCCCCUGCCCCCCAAGAAUUAGGUACUUAAGUUUAACACACACAAACCUUUUCAGACAGUGUUUAUCACAAGUCAAAGUUCAUAGUUUGCUUUGCUCUUUCUUUAAAGGGAGGGAGAUAUGUUGUCAGCAAUGUUAUAUGAAAACACUUUAGAAAUGCACAGCACUGAAUCUGCAUCUUUUAUUUAAGAAAAAGGGUCUAAGCAAUUUUGCAGAUACAACUGAACCAAAGCAUCCUAUUUUUUACAUCUUAACAUUCAGAAGGGGGGGCAUUUUUAACAUUGCAGAAUAUGUGACACAGAGGGCACACUGUUUAACUGUAUAUGCUUGAUUAUGGUAGUGACAGUUAUAUUUAUGCUUGGUUUAUUUGACAAGAUUUUUUUAACAUGUGCAGAGAUUAGAUUUAGAAUUAAACGUUUUGAAAGGGGAAAGCAAAAAACACAACAAAACCCUACUGAGCUUAGAUGAUAUUUAGAGGAAAAUAAGGUACGAUUGUUUGUUUCAUAUCACUAACAUUAUUGUUGGAAUCUACAUAAUUUACAUCUCGCUAAUAUGUCUUAGUCGCCUCCCUAUUGUGGUCAUUAUUAAUCCCCUAUUAAUAUACAUGCAAAUUAUGUAAACAUGGCUUCUUGUCAACUUUUCAGUAACAAAAUGAAAAUCCUUAGCAUUUUACAAGUCUUUUUAGCAAAUGGGGUGAACAUGUUUGGAGCAAUGACUCAUUGCCUUUGUUACUGUGCUUCACGUUCCCAAGAGUUAAUACAUUGAUGUCAUGGGAUUGACGAAGAGUAUGCAGAGCCUUUCACCUCUAGGCUGCAAUUUCAAAACCAGCCCAUGAUGGUAUUGUCUGAGAGCUGUUACCAUCUGUUGGCUAUUCAUUGGCUUGUAUGAAAUGAGUUGUUGGUCUGUGUUCACUUUCCUAGCAGAUAGGUGACUCUCACAAAACUAAAUACUUACAAGUGGCCCAUAUUUUGGCAAUCUUCAGCAGAUGCUGUCUAUGGAAUGGGACUGGAGACAGAUGUCUUUCUCUGCCAGAGAUAGUCCCUCCAGAAAAUGACGAGGCACCUUGGCAGAGGAAUGAAGGGAAGCUGGCACUGCUACUGUCCAUGUUAUUUGCCUCUCUUGAUGAACGGAAGACUUGACUCACCAUGGCUGUCAAUAUGAAACUGCUAACCAGUGUUACAUUACUUUUACAUUUGAAAAGAAAUUUAAAAUAUACAGGGCCCAGAUCCUUAGCUGCUUAGCUUGUGGCAUAGCUUCAUUGACUUUAAUGGAGCUACACAGUUUCCAUCAGCUGUGGAUCUGGCCCCAUAUGUUUUAAAUUCAGAUCUGUCUGUGAGUUGGCUGCUGUACAAAUUGCUGGGAAGUGAGUUGUGGCUAUGGUAGCAACUUUGCUGAUGUCUCUGAUUUGGCUAUUACGGAUAGGAAACCAAAUUCUGAUUAAAAGGAUUCUGAGAUGCAGGAGUUUUGGAGAAUCAGGAGGUUUGCUUCUCUUGUGACAUAAAUAAUUAUUAGAUUUCUAACUCAGUUACCAAAAUAACAGCAAGUUGCCAUCCUAGCUCAUUUGUAUCAUAAUAUCUGUUCUAAAUCAUCAACUCAUGUUUUGACCAUAGCAUAUUACAGGCAGCAGGGUGCUAAACAGAGGUGUCUAGAGUAACCUAAUGUCACAUUCAGUCUGGUUGCAUAUAUGUUCCUGUCUCUAUAAAAGGCUUUAACCCUGCCUCAAACAAUAAAAAACACUUGCAAACUGA